AUGUACUCUGGCCAGAGUCCCAACAGUUCGGUCAAAUGCAAUGCUAUGCAAGGGCUAUACGAAAACCAAAAUCCCGAUGACCCCGGCGUAACCGGCCAUCGCAAUGGCUUGCAGCUUGACUCCAGGCUCGCCAUCGGUAUCAUUCCUUGCGACAGGGAAGACAAAGCCUUCGCCGUACUCGCCGUGGCCGUGGAGUUGAUGCUUUCCCAGGGCUCUCUCAUGAAACGGUCGACUAACUUUGAACUGCGGCCCGAUUCCAAUGGAGCAACACGUGGGGCAGCAGCAUGGCCUUUCAUAGCUUUGGAAAGAAGACUCGAGCUUUCCUCGCCUCCCAGAAGAGUUAUGGGUGGUUUGAACGUAGCACACCCUCUUCACGAUUCAGGUUGCUGGCAAAAGACGCGUCAUGGCACUUCAUAUUUCCUUCGCAGCUUGGCUCGUAUCAUCUCUGGCAGACAAAUAAUACGAACAGACGAUCGUACCUGCGCAGUGAGGGGAAGAUACGCAGGAGAUCUCGCAGAGAUUACGGCUAUGCCUAAACAUCACCUAGUCUCCCAGCGACAAGCUAGCGGACGUGUUCUGGUCAACGAUCAGGUCUCGUCAACCAAUGCCCACGAGGAGUUCCCUCGUGGUGAUCGUGGCACAAGCACUCUUGCUUGUAUGGUGCCGGCCCACCAGGCUCCGCCGACCACAAAAUGUGGUGGCUACAGCAGCUCCUUGUCCUUGACGAGCGAAUUUGCCUGA